AGCGCUAGACUACAGUAUAGGUUCGCUAUUGUUUUUUAAUGAAAAUGCAUAAUUUUAAUUCGGGGUAUUUCAAUAUCAUAAUAUUGAUAUUCAAAUUUAUUUUUCAAAAAUUAUUAUCGAAAAAAGAUUGGAAAUGGAAUUACAACGAGGAAGCAUCAGCACUAAACAACAAUUGAUGGCUCUUGUUGAAGACAUUGAUCUUAUUACUCGGCAAUUGUUUGAAACUCUUUCCCAACAGUCAUCAAGGCAAUCUUCGACCAGUCAAACUUUCAAUUCUCAAAAUGAUGAAGCUCUCCCACAAAAAAUGAACGUGAAUCAGCUUACUGAUCUCUUGCUUCAAAAAAACAAAGAUCUAGAAGAGAAAAUGGCAAUGGCACGCGAUCAACAACAACUUCAUCGCGAUAUCAAAUUAUACAAAGCUGAAAUCGCACAAAAAAAUAAAGAAAUUGAGGUUUUACAAAAACACCUAAAAGAUGCGGAACAUCUUUUAUCCACUGCUCUAUACCAAGCCAAAGAAAAACUCAAAUCGAUCAGAAGAGCAAGAAAAGGUGCUGUUCCUUCUGAAGAUAUCAUUAAAUAUGCUCACAAAAUAAGCGCUGCAUGUGCCACUGCAGCUCCAUUAAAUUGGGCGCCAGGUGACCCAAGACGACCCUAUCCACAGGACAUCGAAAUGAGAUGUGGUUGGCUGGGACAGAUUAACAAUAUGACAGAUGCAAAUUCAACGAUUAAGCCACCGCCGCAGUUAGGAACGGAAGGACUUUCUGUACCAAAUUUAGUUGGUAUGUCACGAUCUAAUGAUAUACAACAACCACAAUGGGGCAACCAAUCAGCAUCUGGUAUGGACGGAAAAUUUGGAUAUGGUCAAAAAGGAGAUGAAGAGGUUGAAAUAAUGUCCUCUGAUUCAUCAUCAAGUUCAUCUUCAGAUUCUAGUUUUGGGAAUGAUUAAAUUAUAGCAUUGUCAGAAUAUUAGUUUUUAAUAUUUAAGGAAUACUCACUGCCUGUUUUCUUUUUUAAUUUAUGUUAUUUCUUGAACUCUUUAACGCUGAAAAUUGUUCCAAAUUAUAUUAUGCUGGUUGGAAAAUGGAAAAGUUUUCAAAAUACCAACAAAUGUGUUCAUUUGAUGCAAAAUUGUCAUAAUAAUCCAAAGUGUAAAGGUGUUAUGCAAACUGGUGUUUGAGAUUUGUAUUUUCAUUCACUUAUUGGUAUUGAUAUGAAAACCAGAGUCUAAAACAUUUAUAAUAAGAUGCAGAGAACGUUGUAACGAUGUUGUUUACCGCAUAUAAUAGCUUUGAUGGUUUAUCUAAUCAUGUUUGAGUAAAUUUGUUUUCUUUGUUACAGUCAUCAUUAUGACUAAUUGGAGAAGAAUUUCAGAAUAGAUAACUUUCAAUAUGUGGGAGGGGUGGCCUAGUGUUUAAAGCGUUAGGCCUAACUAUGAUGGCAUCACAGAAUAAAAUUUCAGGUUUAAACCCAAGACCACCCCCUCGGCAGGAUUUAAUAAAUUGGGUAGACAAUACCAAACCGGAAGGAUCCAGAUUUUUCUAGAAUAAGUUACAGUAGCUCCUUUCAUAUCAGUAGAAAUGAAUUUUUACUUUUAAAAGCUGUUAUCUGUUUAAUUUCUAUUUGAAAAAAUGCUAUCUGGGGAACAACUAGAUUAAGUAUGUUGUUAUACAUAAAUACCAAUAUUUGAAGUUUAUUAUUUUGAUCCUAAUACAUGAAAGUUCGAAUAUAGAAUAUCCCUAAUUUUUUAAAAGAUUAUUCAAAUUAAUUGAAUGCUUCGGGUAUAUUAAUAUAUGCAGUUGUUCCUAACCCCUUCCAUCAGUGCAUUUUUUCUGUUUUUUGUUCCGAUUGUGACCAAAAUGUAGCAUGAUGACACAAUUUUACUGCCAAAUCUGUUUGUCUGUUUAAAAAUCAAACUUCAUGGACUGAAUUAGUUCUAAGAUUUUGAAACAGCAAAAUAUCCUAAAAUUGAUUUAAAGGAUUGUAAACUUAUUUUUUUUUUUACCUUUACAUACACCUUUGAGCAAUUUACUCUCUCACAGAGUGUCAUUAUUAUUUUAUUUCUUAG